AUGGGGGGCGACGGAUCUGACCUGAACGGCGCCUCCAGGGAGGGGAACGGCGCCACGAGCGUCGCCGCCGCCAAGACCGACGAGGCCGGCCUGGAAUUUCUCCCGCGCAUAUCACGCGGCUGCACGUUCAAGAGGAAUGGAAACGAGCAGCACGCUCCAUUCUGGAUUCUGAAACUCACGAGCGCCCAGCCCAAGAACUCGCCGGAGCCGGAGCCGGAGCGAUCCUCGCCGAUGUUUUACGACCAUGACCUCAGUCCCUUCUUGAAGCCAGAGGCGGACCCCGAACGGUCGACACCUCCUUCAAUGGUCGACGGCCUGAAACCAGGGCAGAUGAAGGUUUUGUUUUCCUCCUUCAAGAAGAAUCUGGUUAAAGAAAUAAAGGUGGCACAUUUUAUUGGUGAUAUUGUGUCAAAACAAUCAGCAUACCAUGAUGACCAUGUUGAGCAGGCUAUAGCAUGGGUAGUUAUGCUUAUACGCAUGGCUCAAGAUUUUGUUGGCAGCAACAACAUUCCUCUUUUGGAGCCCCGCGGGCAGUUUGGUACCAGGAAUUCGGGGGGCGAAGAUGCUGCUGAAGCCUUGUAUAUCUACACUAGAUUGCAACCUAUCACCCGUUUAAUUUUUCCAAAGGAUGAUGAUCUUCUUCUCAAUUAUUUGAGUAAAUCUGGAAAGUCAAUCGAACCCAGUUGGUAUAUGCCAAUCAUUCCCAUGGUUUUGGUCAAUGGGAGUGGCAUUGGCACUGGAUCGAGCAGCUAUGUCCCAAACUACAAUCCAAGAGACAUUAUCGCUAAUCUGAAAAGGUUGCUAAAUGAAGAGGCCGUUGUACCAAUGGACCCUUGGUACAAGGGGUUCAAGGGCUCUUUGAAGAAGACAAGUUCAAAGGCAGCUGCUGCCACAUAUACAAUUGCUGGUGUUAUAGAGCAAGUUGAUGACAUGAAACUUAAAAUUACCGAGCUUCCCAUCCGCUGCUGGACUCGGGAUUACAGAGAAUUUCUUAAAUCCAUGUGUCCAUCGUUUCUAGAGGAAAUACGGUGGCGAUGGAAUUAUGAGAAUGUGGAGUUUGACAUUUUCUUGAGUGAACAAAACAUGAACAUUGCUAAGCAAGAAGGCCUCGAGAAGAAAUUCAAUCUGACAACCACAAUAGGAACAACAAACAUGCACUUGUUUGACUCGGAUGGUAAAAUUCGAAAAUAUGACACCCCAGAGGACAUACUUACAGAGUUCUUCAAACUGAGGCUCGAAUACUAUCGGAGAAGAAAGGAAGUAAUGUUGGAAAAUAUUGGGAAAGAGUUGUUGAAGCCUAAGAACCAAGUGAGGUUUAUUCUUGCCGUUAUUUCCGGGGAUAUCGUAGUCAGCAACAGAAAGAGGUCAGAGCUAUUCCUGGAGCUUAAACACAAGGGGUAUGAGCCUUUACCAAAGAGAAAAAAUACUGCUAAAGAAGUAGAUGAAGAAAAUGAUUACGAGUAUCUUCUCGCAAUGCCAAUUGGUACCUUGACUCUGGAGAAGGUACAGGAGCUUGUUGCACGGCAGAAGAAAUUAGAGGACGAACUUGAAAGUCUGGGCAAAGCAACUCCAGAAAUUCUUUGGCUGAGAGACCUUGCUGCUCUUGAAAAGGAACUAGAUGUGCUUGAUGCAAAAGAAGCCGAACAGGAGACAAGACGUAGACUGGCAAAAAACUCCAUUGGCGAGAAGGUGUGUAAAGCAGCGCUAAAAAACCCGCCUAAAAAGACUGCUGCUCUUGAAAAGGAACUGGAUGAAAAUUUUGCUGGGAGCAACAAUGAAGAUUUUGAAACGAAGCCUGCAGCACAAAAGAAGAAACGACCCAACAAGGCAAGUGCAUCGAUGGAAGAUGAUGAGGACGAAGCGCUCGAACUAACAGAUCGUCUGGCUGUUUAUAAUUUUGAUGACUCCCCUCCAGAACAUAGUGCCAUUAAGACUGAGACUACAGAAGGACAACAGGAAGGAAAAAAGGGGAAGAACGAGCCAAGCAAAAGAGGCCCGGCAAAUAAGGCCACGACACCCUUAACCGAGUUGUCUAGUGAGAACGAGGACAAGAAGUUUACCGUCGAAGAAGUGCAAGUUGCAAAUAAAACCGGUGGAAGAAAGCCUGCUGCCGAGAAGCCAAAGAAGACUACCAACAGGAAGAGGGCGCCUGCUCAGAGCAACUCCGGUGAUCCUUCUCCUGAGAAGAAGGUGCGAAAGAUGAGUGACUCCUUCAACAAGAAGAGCGGCUUGGUUCCACAGACGGUUGCAAGCGCUUCAACAGCAACAGAAGAUGCUGAGGCUCCUCUUCCCUCUGGCAGCUCUGCUCAGCCUAUAGCACCGAGAAGGUCAGCGAGUCUGGUAUCACCAUUUACAUUUUUUCAAUUCCAUCUAGUUGUGACAUUUGACACGGUGGUCAACUUAAAACAUAGAUCAUCCAUCUAGUCACACUCCUGGUGCCUCUUUUUGGCGCUGACUGUUCUGUGGUGUGAUUUGCCAAACAAUCGCUAC